AUGACUAAAAAUGAUUUACAAACUUAUAUUCAACAAAAAAGAAUAGGAUAUUUACCAGUAUACCAUUCAGAGUGUAGAGGACCUGACCACGAGAGAGAAUAUCGUACACACAUACGCGUUGGUGAAAUUAAUUCAAAACAUAACAAUAAAAUUGUAUAUUCCGAUUGGUAUAAAAAUAAAAAAACAGCAGAAUCAUGUUGCGCAAUAAAAGUUUUAAAUUAUUUAAAUCAACAGGGAAGAGAAGAUUUAAAUAAUAAAUAUCAAGAACAAAAAAAAACUAGACAACAACAAGAACAAGAAAUAGAAUCACCACCACCACAACAACCACAACAAUUAACAUAUCAAACAAAACAAUCAAUAGAUUCAUUAUUUUCAAAAUUUAUUAGUAUAGAUAAAAAUAAAAUUAAAGAUGAAUUAAUUGAAAAACAAAAAAAUGAUGGAAAUUUAUUAAGUGGUGGUUUUAGUUAUUUACAUUUUAAUGAACCAACUCAAAUGGAAAAGGAUAAUGAAAUUGAAAGAUUAAAGAGAACACUUGGUGAUUUACAACAAAGAGUUGAUACUAUGAAUAGCAUUUUUCAAGAUGAAAAUUGUAAUAAUCUUACACUCGGUCAAAUUAAAACAAUUGGUAUGCCAAUUAUAAAAACAUUACAACAGGGUGAUGAUGGUAAACCAAUGGAGAUGAAUAAGAGUAAACCAAGAGAUUAUCAAUGUGAACUCUAUAGAAAAUCAAUGGAAAAGGAUAUAAUAUGUUGUUUACCAACUGGUUUAGGUAAGACUUUAAUAUCAUGUUUGGUGAUAAAGAAAAUGAAGCAAUUGAAUCCUUCAAAGCAAAUAGUUUUCAUUGUAGAUAGAAUCCCAUUGGUAAUCCAACAAUCAGACGUAAUAGAGACAGAGACGGGGUUAAAGGUGUUAUCAGCUCACGGUGAAACAUUUAAACCAGUUCAAUUGAAGCAAAGAUUUGAUGUUUUGGUGGUGAUUGGUGAUUUAUUCAAUAAACUUUUAUCAAAUGGUGAUUUAAAUAUACUUAGUUUCUGUUUGAUUGUUAUCGAUGAAGCUCAUCAUAUAGUUAAAGAGCAUUCAUUCGCUAAAUUAUUACGUGAUAAAUUAAAUACGAUUCCAGAGAUUUGUCAUCCAAAGAUUUUAGGUUUAACUGCGUCACCAGCUGGUAAAAAAGAUUUUUUCAAUACUUUAUUAUCCUUGAAAUUAAUUUCAAAAGUUAGUCGUUGUGAAAUUAUAAAACCAACUAAUCAAUCAAUCAUUCCAUAUAUUAAUCAAAAGAAUAUUAAAAUCAUACCAAUUCCAACAAAUAAUUUAGAACGUCACUCAAUUCAAAUCUUAAAAGAUUUAAUUUCAAAAUAUAAACCAAAUCUUAGUAAUAAUCAAGAAUUAUUUGAUUCUGUUACUUCAGUAAUUGAUAGUAAUACUUUAAAAGGUUUAGGUGUUGGUGGUGGUGGUGGUGGUUCCAAUAGUAGUACUCAAAAUCAUAAUUUAAAUAAGUUUUUAUCAUCAUUUUUUGAAAAAAUUAAUGAUUUUAUUAAUUUUAAAAUGUUUGGUAGUGCAAUUCCAGUUGGUUUAAAUUUAAAAUCCUUUUUAAUUGAAGAGAUUUCAAAUAUUGAUGAUGUAGAACUUCAAUCAGAGAUUUUAGCAAUGGUUCAUUCGUUACCUUGUGAUGAAGAGAUUGCGGAUAGUAUUUCAAAGUUAGAGAUUGCGUUACAAAUUUUGGAUGAAAAAAAGAGUGAUGAUUUAAAAGCAAUCAUAUUUGUAAAAACAAGAGACGUAGCAAAGAAAGUUUAUUCACUUUUGGAUCAAUUAAGAAUGGGUGAUAGAUUCUCUUUUAUUAAACCAAAUUUAGUAGUUGGUCAUGGUUCUAUUGGUGGAAUGUCAAUAUCAUCUCAAAAGAAGGCUAUAGAAGAGUUUAGAAGUGAUCAAUGUAAUGUUAUAGUUGCAACUAGUGUAGUGGAAGAAGGAUUCGAUGUACCAGAAUGUAAUAUUGUAAUUAGAUUAGAUCCACCAACAACCGUUACUGCUAAUAUUCAAUCAAGGGGUAGAUUAAGAAAUAGGGAUAGUUAUUUCUAUGGUAUUGUCAAAGUUGAUGAUCCAAGAGAGGAUAACAUCUAUGAGUUCUUUAAAAAUCAAGAAAGAUAUUUAGAAGAGGCUAUUAAUUUCUUAAAAACUGGUGAACUUCCAAUAUCUUUAAAACAACAAAACUAUACAACUCAAGUUAAUCAAGUUGAUGAAGAAAUGGAUACAAAUUCCUAUUUUGCUUCUGCUAGUGCUUUGGUUCAAGAGAUGGUUAUUCAAGUUAAAAGACAUACAUUUGAUUUUGGUAUAGCUUGGGAACAUACUCCUGAUGGUUCUGGUUUUUUUAAUGCUAUUGCUACUUUCUAUAUAAAUAAAGAAGCUGCACAUUCUCAUUUUAAAUCUGGUCAAAAUAAAAAAACUGCAAAAGAAAAUACUUGCAAAUCAAUUUUACAAUCUGGUUUAAUUUAUAAUUUAAUUAAAAAUUUAGAGUAA